AUGCUGUCUAACUUGCUCAGUACCAUCCGACUUAGACGACCCCAGUGGCCCGCUACAAGAGCUCUCUCAGUGCUCCAACCGCUCCUCCAACAAGCACCGAUAUCACCCUCCAUCCUCAAGAUAACGCCCAAUGAGACGGAUAUCGCACUCCUCGAGAAGCAGGACUCUCUCAUCAGGAAGAGAAGGAAAUUGGCUAAGCAGAUCACUCAGAUGAAGAAACGGAAACCAAUCUCCCCGGGUUCCAGGUGGUAUAGAACCCCCAUAUAUCCUCAUUUAUACAAGGGUGGACCCGUCAGGGCACUUACCCUGGCUAAGAGAUCCACAGGUGGUAGAAAUAAUACGGGACACAUUACCGUUAGACAUAGGGGUGGUGGUCACAGAAGAAGAAUAAGAACCGUGGAUUUCUUCAGAUGGGAUGCCGGGGAACAACUCGUCGAGAGAAUCGAGUAUGAUCCAGGUAGAUCGGCUCAUAUUGCAUUGUUGAGAAAUUUACAAAAGGGUACUUUGUCCUACGUCUUGGCAUGCGAUGGGUUAAGACAAGGUGAUAAGAUUGAAUCGUUUAGAAGAGGGAUACCGGAUUCCUUAUUGAAGGAAAUGGGUGGUAAAUUAGAUCCCGCCAUCUUAAGUGUAAAGACAGCACAGAGAGGUAAUUGUUUACCCAUUGAAAUGAUCCCCAUUGGAAGCGUGGUCCAUAACGUGGGAAUUACACCCAUUGGACCGGGGAAAUUUUGUAGAGCUGCAGGUACUUAUGCUCGUAUUAUUGCCAAAUUGAAAGAUAAGAAUAAAGCUAUUGUUCGUUUACAAAGUGGUGAGCAUAGAUAUGUGUCAUUAAAGGCAUGUGCCACUAUGGGUGUCGUUUCAAAUAUUGAUCAUCAAAACGUCUCCCUGGGGAAAGCUGGGAGAUCAAGACAUAUGGGGAGAAGACCUCAUGUGAGAGGUGUCGCAAUGAAUAAAUCAGAUCAUCCUCACGGUGGUGGUCGUGGUAAAUCCAAGUCAAAUAAAUUAUCAAUGUCUCCCUGGGGACAAUUGGCAAAGGGUUACAAGACAAGAAGAGGUAAAAAUCAAAAUAGAAUGAAAGUGAAAGAUCGUCCAAGAGGUAAGGAUAAGAGAACGUAA